CAAAAAAAAAAUAACCCUAGCUCAAUCAACAAUCUGGGGUUAGGGUUUUCGAAGCAAUGAGAGUGAAGAAGCAGAAGCGGCAUCGCAAGGUGGUGAGAUUCUACGCGGCCUGCUUCGGAUUCAGAGAGCCCUUCAAGAUUAUCUGCGAUGGGACCUUCAUCCAUCACCUCAUCGCCCACGAUCUCACCCCCGCCGACGACGUCCUCUCUCAUCUCGUCGGCGCCCGAGUCCUCCUCUUCACAAGCCGAUGCGUGAUUGGGGAGCUCAAGAGCCUCGGAAAGGACUAUGCGGAGUCUCUUCAGGCUGCUCAGAUGCUUGUAACCGCUAGGUGUGAUCAUGAGGAGAAAAGGGUGAGUGCUGAGAAAUGUGUGGAGUCGAUUAUCGGAGGGAGCAAUGCGGAGCACUUCUUUGUUGCUACUCAAGAUGCUGAAAUCCGGAAGAUGUUCCGGGAGAUUCCGGGCGUGCCUGUGAUAUAUGGUUUGAGGAACUCCUUGUUUAUUGAGCAGCCCUCGACACAUCAACGGGAAUUCGUCAAAUCUACAGAGGAGAAGCGCUUGCAUAUGAGUGACUCAGAAUACCAAAAACUACGAAAGAUUAAAUUAAAAAAUAAAUUGGAAAAUCCAGUAGAUUCGCCUGAUGCGCAAGAUGAUUCCGGCAACGAGCUUGUGACUAUUCCGGAGAAGAAUAUUGCAAGAAGAAUGCUUGCUGUGACAGAUAAAAGUAAAUUUAAAAGAAAGAGAGCAAAGGGUCCAAAUCCGCUUUCAUGCAAGAAAAAGAAAAUGAUAGGUGACUCAACCGCUGCAGAAAAUAAGGAUGGCGAAACUAGUGGCGGUGCUAAGAGAAAGAGGACGAGGAAACGCAAGAGAAUUCAAAAGGAUAACAAUCUGGGAGAGUCUGGGUGUUAGUCGCUGUUGUUGCAUUUCUUACUAAAUUUUGCAACGGCAUAUUCUUCUAAGCCCAAUUUCCUAGCUUGUGAGGACCAUUGUGAGGCGAAGAUGAAUCUGAAGAAAUAGCCACCAUUUUUGAAAUAGGCAGGUGGAUGAGGCCCGUUUUAUGGCAGGGGAAGGCUUUUAGUUUGAUUUUUGUCAUGAAAUGUUUUUUGAGGAGAUAAUGGUUUAUGUACGCAGACGCGUUACUAUGUUUGUACUCGUUUCUGAGAGAAAGACAAGUUUCUUGUUUCUUUUUGUGAGAUUAUCUACAGUGUUCUUUUUUUUCUUAAAGAUAUUAGAAAUCUAUUUAGUGGUGAGACCACGUUGUGCA